AUGAACUCCAGGCAGAAGGUGGAAAAGGGAAAAGAACAGCAGCAGGAGAACCAGGAGCACAAGUCACAGAGUGUGUCUGAGGAGGCGGCAGUGGGCCUCCUGCUGAAAGGCAGAGAAACGAGAGGGAACAACGAAGAGGCCCAAGUCAAGCAGCAGUAUAUAAGGGCAGAGUGUGGUCGCAGUCAGUACCUCAGACUGAAGGACCAACACUUCACUCAAUCAGUUCUAUCUGUGGACCUCUGCAUCACCGUCAUGAAGCUACUGCUCUUGUGUCUGCUCUUUGGUGUCGCUGUGGCCCAAACCACAUAUGAGCCAAUCGGGGAUGAACAGGUCAACGGACCCGACGAUACAGACAUAGCUGCGACUGAUGAAGCUGAAACGAGUCCAGAACGGGCCAAAAGAUCCUGCUGCAAUCCUGGAAGUUGGUGCACCGGCACCCGCGGAUCGAGCCAAUACGUCUAUAUUCCAACUGCCAGGAAUUGGGCUCAUGCUCAGGUCCACUGUGUUGCGCUGGGUGGAAGUCUUGCAGUGGUUCACGACAGUGCGACAGACGAAUUUUUGAAGCGUCUGGCCCAAGGAAGGCGAGCCUGGAUUGGACUCUCUGAUGCACAAUACAACAAUGUUUGGCUCUGGAGUAACAGCGAUCCUCUGCGCUUUACCAAAUUCUGCAGAGGAGAACCCAACAAUAAAGGUGGAAAUGAGGGGUGCACCGAGAUCAACUUUUCUACCCCGAUGAACUCCAGGCAGAAGGUGGAAAAGGGAGAAGAACAGCAGCAGGAGAACCAGGAGCACAGGUCACAGAGUGUGUCUGAGGAGGCGGCAGUGGGCCUCCUGCUGAAAGGCAGAGAAACGAGAGGGAACAACGAAGAGGCCCAAGUCAAGCAGCAGUAG